AUGGAUCAAUUGACACCGGAACAGCAAAACAAACUGCAGAGCUUUAAAGAGUUUACAUCUUACAAUGAGAGCGAUGAGCAAGAGAAAGUACUGAGACUGUUAACUGUAUGCAAUUGGGAUCUUGAAGUUGCAGUCGCUCGUUAUUUUGAUAAUGACUUCCCGACUUUGACAGAUGAAAGGCCUCCAUUUCCAGUUCCCAAUGGAACAGAUUCCUUGUUUGUCAGAUCUUUUGCCAACAUGGAGGCCGGUCCCUCCUCGAUAAACGCAUCUUCACGAGACUCCACUGCUCCUCGAGCUCUUGCUUUUGAUGAUCCAUUUUUGGAUCUCAUUCCUAAGUUACCGAAGGCAAUUCCAAUUCACAACCGCUGGAAGCUGCAAUUAGGAAUAAAUACAAAUCAUCAAGAACGAAAAAGACCUACAUAUGCAUUACUACCACCUGUGAUUUUCAUUCUCAUGUUGUUCCCAAAAUUAUUUUGGCUUGUGGGAUAUGGAUUGAACAAAUUGCUAGGUUCUGUCUUUCCCAAUUUAUUCAGAAUUCUUGGCCUGAGAGAAAGCCCCACAGAUUUUCCUUCGAAACCAAUUUAUACAUCGAAGGAAGCUGUGGCGAACUAUAACAUCAAGGAGUAUAUCAACGAUACAUUGGGUGAAACCAGUGAUCUUCCAAUAUUUGAAGGAAGCUUCAACGAAGCAUUUGAGAAAUCUAAAUCUGAACUAAAGUGGUUGAUGUGCAUUCUUCUCAAUUCAGAAAGAAAUAUCAGCACUCAGUUCGUGAAAUCGUAUCUCAAUCACGAGAGUUUUAUCAAUUUUGUCACAAAAAACGAUAUAAUUCUGUAUGUGGGAGAUGUGAGUUAUCCUGAGCCUUUCGAAGUGGGUCAAACAUAUCAAGUUUAUUCUGUUCCAUAUAUCAACUUGAUCGCCAACGUGUCUGCAACUGGUACUACGUUCCCAUUAAUGUCAAUUGUUACCAGGCAUCACAAUUUUGAAACAUGCACCAAAGAGUACGCGAAGAAGCUUGUCAAACGUCUGCAAAAGAUCAUAGAUAAAUAUGAGCCACAACUAAUUACACAGAGAUAUGACAGACAGGAGGCGGACCUUGCUCGAUUAUUAAGAAGACAACAGGAUGAGGCAUACGAACAGUCCUUGUUGAACGAUAAAAUCAAGCAGGAGGAGAAGAAGCAAAAAGAAGAGGAGCAACAAAGGGAGCUGGAAAAAUUGAGACAAGAAGAAGAAGCAUCAAAGUUAAAACAAAAGCAGGAACUGGUUUUCCUAAAAAAUCACGUACAGUCAUUAUCUCAGAUAGAUGAGAAGAGUUGGGAGAAGGGUGAUUAUACCACAAUACAAUUAAGAAAUCACGAGGGCCAGCGAACAGUGAAGAAAUUCUACAAGGAUCAGACUUUAUAUGAUAUCUUCCUGUUUGUGGAGUGCAAGAAUUUCUUGCGCGUUCAAUCUAAGGAACUUGCGGUUCCCGAGGAGAACGUCUUGGAUCAAUUAGAGGUGGAAGAUGUGACUUUGGAAAACUAUGAACAUGAGUUUAGAUUCGAACUUAUAUCACCAAUGCCUCGCGUCAAAUUUCAUGCCGACCGAAACAAACUUUUAAAAGAUGUUAGGGAACUGUGGCCGAAUGGUUCACUGUUGAUCGAGCGUAUCGAAGAUGAAGAUGGAUUCGACGAGGAAACUGACGACUAAUGAUUGAGUAAUAUAUAUUGUGCUAUCGCUGUCUCUUGGACUCUGGGCCAUCUGACUCCUUUAAUUGAUGAACGUUACCUGAUACCACUCCUAAAAUUAUACUCCUUAAUUUUUCAUCUUUCUGUUCCUCAGUAAGGUCAUCAUUCAUAAUGCUUUCGAUUUCUUUUCGUCUCUGAAUCAGUUCAUCGCUCAGAUUUUCAUCAGAAUCCUUAGACAGAUACAUCUUCACUCUUUCACCAUUUGGGAGUUCCAGGUUGCUUUGUGAUGCUCCGAUACCGGUUUUCAUGGCAGGCAAGGUGCCUAGCUUCUCCAAAGACGACAAAUAUUCGAUGAGUUCAGGAUACUCAUCCUCUUCCUCCUGAUAUUUAGCUGGAGUUAAGCCAUCCUUGUUCUUGAUCUUGAAAUCAGCUUUGAGCUCUUCAAUUAAGAACUUAGCAGCCUCAACAGUUUCUACGUGAUGCAAAGGGGUAUCGCCAUCAGAGUCUUGAAUAUUGAUAUCUCCGCCUUGUGAGACAAGAUAUUUCAGGAGGUCUAAGUUACCAUAACUUGCAGCAGCGUGCAUGGGAGUGUAGCCAUUGGGAUCUUUCGAAUUUGCAGUAUAACUUCCUGACUCGAUAUACUCCCUAACCUUGUCUAUUUUAUUAUCUGAGGCUGCAAUCCAUAUGUUCGACAUGUUCUGGUACAAAUAGAUUAAUUUUCGUUUUUUUUUUUUCCUUGAGAGUUCGCAAUGAGUAAAGAGCCAGAUAAAACUUUAAAUGCUUCGGAUGCAUCCUCAGAUUUCAAUUGGUGGAUACGAACACUCCAGUAUAAGACAGGCAUAAAUCUCACAGAUCAAGAGAAAGUUGCGUACGAACAGGAGCGAAAGAUAAAAACCGAAAAGGAACAAUGUGCUAAAUGUAACGAAUACAAGGAUUUCAUGCUUCAAUAUUCUCCAACUGUCACAUUCAUGAUUGACCAGAUCCGGCGAGCAGGAGGUUACGUGGAUCCGGCGAAAAUCAACUGUGAAAUCUGUACCGUUCCAAGAUAUGGUGGUUUUAAUCCUGGUCUGGGAGUUCAACUUUGUGCCAACUACAUCGAUAACAAAUGGGUUCUUAACGACACACUAUCCCAUGAGCUUGUCCACUGGUAUGAUAAUACUAGAUUCAAGGUGGAUUGGGGAGAUAUCAGACAUCAUGCUUGCACCGAAAUUCGAGCAGCGUCACUAAGUGGAGAGUGUGCCAUUGUCACAGAAUUCAAAAGAAGAUUAGGGUUCAUGAGAUACGCAAAAGGGCACCAGGCUUGUGUUAAGCGAAAAGCAAUACUGAGUGUUAUUAAUCAUCCGAAGUGCAAAGACAAACAACAUGCGGAAGAAGUUGUGGAAGAAGUUUUCAGAAGCUGUUUCAAUGACACUAGACCCUUUGAGACUAUAUAUAGAUAGCAAGUGUAAAUAGUGAUACUGCUAGAACACCAAGUACAUUGUGCACAUAAGACUUGGCCCCAAAACUAUACCAAACCAGAAUAUGCAAUUGCCUAGAAUCUUUCUAUCCCUCAUCAAUUUGGUUUUGCUUAAUUGCACCAAGGGUAGCUGACUCAUCUGCAAAAUGAGCAAAUAGCCCCUUAGACGUUUAAAUAUGACAAACAUUGCAAGUUCAUGGACGACUGAACUGAGCAAGAAGGUAAAAAUCGUCGCUCCCGUUUUGUUCAAUUGGAGAGCGCUGAUGGAAGAAUGAUACACGUGCCGAAGAAGAAACUUGUGGACAACAAUAUUCCAAUCUCGAGCAUAUGCAUUCCAAUCGACCGAGUUCCACCAGUAGCCAUAAAAUUCUCUAUCAGCAAAAUAAGACAAUUCUGCAAUAGCAUUCAAAAUAAGCUCCCAAAUGAGAUAAAACACUAAUAAAUAGACGCCAAGGAAAGGUGGGAUAAACUCAAUAAUGAUCAUCGGGUACAUCUUCAUUCUGUAGUAAAUUGACUUUGUCUCUCUGAGCUCCAAGCAUUUGACCACCAUUGGGUAUAAGUAUGUCUCAGAUACGGUGAUCAUCAAGAAAAUAACACCAAAAAUUCCUGCAAUCUUGGUAAAAAGAUAUCCUUUCCUUAUCCUCUCAGUUCUUGGGUAAUCAAUCCGAUACACCAAUGUAGGAUACAUGGUGUACAAGAAGAAGUUUCUAAAUGAUAUAUUGUCUGGGAAUGGUUGUUCAGAAGACUGAACCUUUAGUUCAAACUUGCAAAAUUCCACGGAUCUAGUCAAAGGUAUUCUAGUUUCAUCAGCCAGGUCACCUUCGUGCUUUUUCAGGUACCCUUCAGAAUAUUGUAGUUCAUCUUUGAUUGACCAAAGAUAGCCAUUGAAGAAUGCAUAUGAAUGUAUUUUCAUUAACUGCACCAAUGAGUGCAGCAGCAAGAAGAUCUUUGCAAUCCACGGGAAAUUGAGGUACUCUGCCAAAUAUAAGAAAAAUGUUAGAAAGAAGAUCUCAUAAAGUGAUUGCAUCACGAAACCAAGCCUGUUCCAGUUAAUCACGUUCCUUUUCACCAGCAUCUGAAUGAAAACAGCAACGUACAUCAUUAAGUACAUCAGCAAGUCCACCAAGGCAACACCUAAGAGAUUGUCCAACAUAAUGUUAAUGAUUUUGAAGUUGGCAAGAUAUCCAUAUUUGACAUGGUAGUUGAACACAACGUUGAGUCCACCAAAAAAGACACAAAACCAGAAGGCAACAAAAAGGCCAUAAAAUUUGGCGCCAAAUCUCACUUCUUGGUCGAAUAUUGACUGUCUAGGUUUAAAAGUGAGGUCGUCCCAUUUUGACCUAAAGGAUCCAUCUCUCCGAAACCUAUAGGCCUUUCCUGGUGGAGCCUGAGAAGCUGCUGUUGCGGGAGGUUUUGGAAUGGAGUGCUUUAUCUCAAUGGAACUGUCACCCUCAUAUUCAGCAUCCUCUAGGAUGGAACGUCGCUCUUUUCCUGAGUUCUUAUCUAUAAUUUUGAGUCGCGCAUUCGUGCUGGAUUCCGUGGACUCCGGUCUUCUUAGUUCAGCAGGUCUGAUCUCUUCUGGCUGCAUUGUGGCUGAACACUGAUCAAGCAAUUGGCAAACUGAGAAAACAACAAACACACUCCCUAGGUUGAAUGACUGGAUGCUGGUUAAUAAUCCGAUAAACUCCUUAUCUUUUUUUUAGUAAGUUAU